UUCAAAUCUAACGUUCAAGUUUUUUCCCCCAAUUAAAACCUAGUUUUUUCUCACUAUUCCAGCCGCGACUGGUCUUCCAUUUCUCCCACCGCCGUCCUCUCACCGGCGUCGCCACCGUCCUUGCUCGGACGCUCAUCGUCGCAGCCGCCGUCGAUUGGGAUUGCACUGCCCUCGCCCAGCCCUACCCCGUCGCUCGACUCCAUAGCUGCAACAAUUGGGUGGUAGGAUCACACAAGAAGAUGUCUAGUGUGAUUACCACAUCUUUCAAGAAAGUGAAGAAUCCAAAUGGCUUUAAUUGGAAAUUAACUCCCAACAACAUCAAAAAAUUGUACUUUGAUGAAUUCAAAAAAGUGUACACAUGGCCUGAAAAGUUUGAGAAUCAAGUCUACAAAAAAUGGUCUCAAAGGGCAGCCAUGAGGUAUAGCGACUUCGUGCACAACAUGAAGUUAAAGAGGGAUGAUGCAGUUGAGGGAGGAGGUAUGCCUGGAUACAUUGACGAGGAUGCAUGGAAGGACCUUUGUGAAUAUUGGGAUACCGAAAGUGUCAAAGCAAAGUCGGAAAAGGCAAGACAAUGCAGGUUAUCUGAACCUGAUGGACCGGGCACCGGGAUUGUCAAACAUAAGGGUGGGUCAAAAUCUGUUGAGGAUAUCGCUCAAGAGUUGGCUGCAGCGAAGGGAGUCCCAGUGUCGAGUGUGAUAUAUGACUCUUUUCGAGCUUUACACGUGAAGAAGGAUGGGACUUACACCGAUAAGAAGUCUGAAAGAAUCGAUGUGGAGGUACAAGAAAUUGCUACAGAGAUGGGCCAAUCUAAUCCUGAUACGCCCGUGGAUAUGAACAAGAUUUAUCUAGAUGUCUUGGGAGGCGGUUUAGAUAAAAAGCAAAGAUUGUUCGGCACAGGUAGUCUCGCAUUGACCUUGAAGACCAAUAUAUCGGGAGAGAGUAGUACUUCAGCUAUGUCCGACAUUGACAAAGAGCAGUAUGCCACUCGCCUAGGAGAUGUAGAGGAGCAGCUUCAAGAGGAGCGAGAAAGGACAUCUCGAUUAGAAGAACAGGUUAAAGUUGCGAUGGAGAUUAUCAAGCAGUUGCAAGGGCAAUCAAGCAGUUAG